GGUUACUAAUGCUAAAAAGAGGAAGUGAUGCGCGCAGCUGAAAGCCUGUGAGCGGUCCGCAGCAUAAUGAGAAGGACAAGUGCGACGAACAGACUCACUCUGAACGCCUGAAGAAGCAAAAAUUCCACCAAGCAGUCGUGAUCAGCAGCACCAUGGCUCAAGGGUGCCUCAAGUUUCUGAAGUACACCAUGUGUGUCGCCAACUUCCUGUGUUUUAUGUGCGGUGUGGCGCUCAUGGGCCUGGGGGGGUACUUGAUGGCAACAUUUAAAAUGGAAGGCCUUGUCCCAAGCCUGGCCAGUCUGAACAUCCCCAGCCUGCUGCUGAUCUGCGGCAUCGUCAUCACCUGCUUGUCCUUCCUGGGCUUCCUGGGCGCGCUGAAGGAGAACCGCUGCCUGCUGUUCACGUUCUUCCUGGUUCUCUUCCUGCUGAUGCUGGUGGAGCUGACUGCCGCCUGCUUGAUGCUCUGGUAUGAAAGGAAGAUCCAAGAACUGCUGGAAAAAGACCUGAAGAAGGGCUUGAAUGAUGCCAAGCAGAAGAACUCCACGGAUCAGUCCGACUGGAACUGGGUGCACUCGAUGUUUAAGUGCUGUGGAGUCAACAAUUACACAGACUGGGGGGAUCCCACCCCCAAAACCUGCUGCAAAGAAAACUGCGAUUCGCUCAACCCAACAAACUACAAAAAGGGAUGUCUUGAGGCGCUCAACGAAUGGUUUGAAGAGAAUUAUCUGUUCGCUGGGAUUACUGUCAUUUCAAUCUGCAUAGUUGAGGUUUUGGGAAUGUGCUUCGCCGUCACGCUCUUCUGUCACAUCACGAGCUCCGGACUGGGCUACAAGUUAUAGAACGGUGGUGGCAUCUUGGUUUUAAAAUCAGAAAACUUGUGAUUCCUGAUCUUUCUAAUGCAGCUAAAGUAAGACCCCCUCCCUGUCCUGAAAGCUUUAUGCAAGCAGUCAAAUCAGUGUGAAUCUGCUUUGUAUUUUUAACAAAUGUGCAUCAAUAAAGAACAUGUACAGCU